AUGGGCAUUUCCUCAGCAUUUCAAGCCGAAAAAGGUCCGGCUCCGCAACCCUUCGCUGCUCCUGCCGCGCCGUUCUACGAGGAGAAGAAGGGACCUACUGAGAAUAUUCGCCCGGCCUGCCAGGAAACUGAGGAAGGACUUGAAGAGGUAAAGCCCGAGGCAGAAUGGAAUCCUGGCUUCGUAUCACGCUUUCCGUGGUUGGGUCUCGGCUCGCUUGUGUUUGUCCUCUCCUGUCUCGCAGGAAAUGUAGCCAUCCUUUGCGUAUCCGAUGGAAUGGCACAGUCGGAUCGAUCGUGGAAGCAGUUAUAUCAACACGGCGUGGAAAAAGGCCGCUGGCCUAAGCAGAUUCGUCCUUCAGUCAUCCUUGCAUUGCUCAACAAUGUGGCGAAUCUGGCUUUCGGUCUGGCAAUAGCAAAUGGCGUUGCGAUCGCCUGGUGGAGGAAAGCUCUAAAUGGCACCACUAUCGAAAAGCUGCACAACUCCUGGAACUUCAGCUCGAGCAUUAAGGCCAUAGCAUUGGCAGGGAAAAGUUUCAAUGGAAUCGCUUUGGCAGCACUGAUGGCAAAGUUCACAAUCAUUGACGGUAUCUUGAUGCAAUCAGCCACUGUCACUGAAAUCCUUGAGGAUUCACCCAAUACUAAAGCAACGAUCCAAACCUGGUCGAACGACACUAUUCCAUUGACUGGCAAGCCGACUUCUCGGGGUGGAGACGUCCAAAUCUCAGAUUACCUCGCUGACGAGCUUUACAUUUGGAAUCAGAGCCCGCGCGCGUUGCCAUACGUUGGGUUCGAUGGAUGCGUUAAUGCGACUUGUUAUGCUCAAGUUCCUGGCGCUGGUUUCGUGUUUGACUGCGCGGAGCCAACUCAAAAAGCCAUCAACUGGGCACAAGACC